AUGUCACCUCACUCUGCCAUUAGUAGUAGACUUCUAGUGGUUACCUACUUCGUGCUUAUGUCGUCAUUGCCGCAUAAGAGACGUCGAGACCUGCGACGCCAUUUUCGACAGUCGGGAGAAGUGUCGGGGCCAUUUUGUAUACUCGAUUUGUACUCGAAUGUAUGUGCAAGCGCUGUGCGUCGUUAAAAGUGGAUUAAUCUCUAUCGCGUCGCGAUAAAUCGGUAUUUGUGAGGUUUACGUUAAUCGAGAAACUAGAAAACAUGGGGCGGAAAAAGAAGAAGCAGUCCAGGCCAUGGUGCUGGUAUUGUAAUCGAGAGUUUGACGACGAAAAGAUUUUAAUUCAGCACCAGAAGGCAAAGCACUUCAAGUGCCAUAUUUGUCAUAAGAAAUUAUACACGGGGCCGGGACUUAGUAUACACUGUAUGCAGGUACAUAAGGAAGCGAUAGACAAAGUACCUAAUUCGUUGCCAAAUCGUAGCAAUAUCGAAAUAGAAAUUUAUGGUAUGGAAGGUAUCCCGCCGAACGAUGCCAAAGAGCACGAGAGGCAAAGGAAUGGCGGUAGGCCAGGAACACCCAGCUCAGGAGAGGAUGAACCUACUCCGAAAAAAUCUAAACCGGAAGGUCUUCUGGGUUCUGCACCAGGUGCCAUGUCGGGUUCGUCGAACAUGCUGCCUGGAGUAAUGUCUGGAAUGCAGGGGCAUCCAGGCAUGCCACCGAUGGGUCAAUAUCCUCCACCCAUGCAUCCGAUGAUGGGACCGAUGAGUCACGUGGGACCGCCUUUCAUGGGACCUGGCAUGAUGUCUGGCAUGCCAGGUAUGCCCCCUGGAAUGCAGCCACCGGUGAGCGCGGCCAAUAUGCCACCAUCUAGGCCGCUAUUCCCUAGUGCUGCUGCUGUUUCAACGGCAGCAACUUCAACUUCUGUAUCGACACCUCUCGGAGCUGACUUCAAACCUAUCACGUCGGUAGCAGGUGGUUCGAUCGGUCCUAUCAAGCCCACUUUUCCAGCAUAUGGAGGCGGGGAAGGUAAUUCCGGGUCAAACAACGAACCAUCCUCUGACCAAAAAAUCAACUUCAUCGCGACCACGGGUGCUGCCAGUAAAAUCAUUCACCCACCCGAAGAUCUCAGUCUGGAAGAGAUUCGGGCGAGAUUACCGAAAUACCAGCGUAGACAAAACGAGGACUCGCGGUCGAGUCAGCAGGAGGCUGCCCAGCAAGCGGCGGCCCUGCAGCAGCACCAGCACCAGCAGCAGCAGCAACAACAGCAGCAGCAGCAGCAACAACAGCAGCAACAGCAGGCUGCCGCGGCAACAGUGGCCGCGUUCCAAGAUCAGCAGCAGCGACAGCAGGCCGCGUUGAGCGCUCUUCAGCAGCAACAGCAGCGAUUUCAAAGGCCCCCUCAAGCAAUGAUGGUGCCGGCUUCGGCAGCGAUACCAGUCAGUUCCGUAGCGCUUAUGGCACCGCUUAUGCGGCCAACUAUGACCCUGGCUACACCUGCGCUCAUUCACGGAGGUAACAUGAUGCGACCGCCCCCCAUGGGCCUGCCACCAGGGAUGAUAGGAGCUCUGCCGCCGGGCGCGAUGCACCCGGCCUUCGCCACUCCCAUGGGGUUCCCGGGCGCCCCGAUGCUGGCACCCAUGAUGCACCCUCGCUUCAGAUGAUCGCCUCCGACGGACGGGCCCGAACCGCCGUUGCACUUCGUGCUUUGGGCCCGCCCUUAACCAGGUGUACUCAGGGAGUCCCCAGGGUGGCCCCGGGGUAUGACCCGGGGGGUCCUCGGGGUGUCCUAAGGGUGUCCUCGGGGUUGCCCGCAGCCGCAGCCGCCGCCGCGACGAGACAACGCCGGCCACGCCCGAAGAUCCUCUCCCACGUUAAGACGAAGUUAGCAAAAUCUUUAUGUUUUUCUUAUUAAAAUACGAGCAAAGACACGCCAGUUCUACGGGUAGAGGCGCCGCGGCCAAGGGAGCCCUAGGGGCCUCGUGGCGCUUGCCUCCUGGAGAGGGGCAAGAUCGCGGAUGGGUGGCGAACCCGCGCUGCCGGCACCCCGAAGGGGACGACCCUCCCUCCCUUCUGCCGGCAGCGUCGUGGCCUGCCGCCCCAGGUUAGUUUCUGCCACAUUUUAUUUAGUAUCACACCCCUCGGGUCGAGGCGAUCCCUACGCUGCCUGCCGUCUUCGGCGAGCGACCGACCCGCGUUGACGAUUUUAUUCGACGGAACGUCCCCAGGAGUUUGGGUACACUCCGAGGACGGGACCUCGCGCCUCGCCUCCUGCGGUUUUAGUAUGUGAAAGUCUCCUUUCGCGUUUCGGUUUUCCCAGGUCGAUGGGGAUUGAGGCUCUGCCCUAGGAGGCGGACUCCUAGAUUCCAAUGCCGGUGGUACUUAAUAGACUCGUGAGAAAGGACGGAGGCGAGGCGCCGGGUUCGUUCUGCAUUUGAGAGUCUUCAGAAAUUUCUGCCCAUUUCUUUUUCUCUUUUUUUUUUUUUUUUUAUUACGGGGUAUCGCGAAUUUUAGUCACGCGGUUGGUCGCUCGCGUGGCUUCCGAUCAAGAGUCUUAUGGGAGGAAACUUCGGAAGCCGGACUCGAGAUGGCGGCGACGACGACCUGGAAAACGGAAGUGGGAUCGACUCGACCCGAAUGUACUGCCUUUCCUCGGAAGAAACGUGUUGGCGACGCAUGAGUGAGUGGUAAGUACGGAGAAGGGUGCUCGCAAGAUGGGUCACCGACUCUCUAAGCUCGACUCGACUCACGCCGUUCACCCACCGCCUCUCUCGCCUCGGUUUAUUAUUAUUUUUUUCUCUCUCUCUCUUCCUUUGUUUCUCUCUUUCUCUCUUCUGUCUCGUCAUCUCUUCUCAUCUCUUCUUUUCUACAGCUUCCCUCUGCUUGUACCGUCAGGCCUCCCCGCCCUGGCUGGACCACGCCUAGUGACUCCUCUAUCCCUCGUCGUCGGAGAGUGUCUCGUAUGAACAUUACGUGGACUCAAGGGGCACCCGGCGAGGAGGCACGAAGACGAGAAUCGGUCGAUUACUAGACCGGCUAGAAAUGGACACAUCCGUUUUUGGGUUUCUCCGGAAGCUGAGGAGAAGCGAGAGCUCCCUCCCCUUGAAGCGACGCAAUGCUCAUCCGAGACAUCGUCCGCUCCUCGUGGACGAUGAGAUGGGGUCACUGGUAUACGCGGCUCGUCCUCCUUCGUACCCUGAGCUCAUACCUAGUAUCCGUCCCGCCCUCUCCAGUGCUGCUCUCAGAAUGCUCAUGAUAUUACGCAGACGUAACCGCGCGCUACUGUAAAUGGGUCGUAAAAGGUAGUUGCAAGUUUCGGAGGAUCAACGAUGGGCUGCAUCCGUUGACGCGAUUUUAGGGGAAAUUUGAGAGACCGCCGAGGCGACUCGUAGGGGGUUCACGGGAUUGCCCGGAUCUCGCGAUCAGUGGUGGCCGGAAAUCGGCGAGUUUUACGAUCCAUUUCUCAUAUUGCGUCGAGUCCAUUUACUCUCCUCCAUUUUCCGCCAGAGAUGGGCGAACGACUGCGACGAGUUAUCGGGUUGUCCUCUUCGACCGCUUCGGUCCUGGUCCCGAUCUCGGAAUUUUAUCGUUGUCGCGAAACCUCUUCCGGUCUUCUCCAAGGUGGAGAACGGCUUCGUUCGAUCCGUUCUCCGGGUCGAGUCUCUUAUCCAGACAACCUGCCUAGAGUAGAACUGGCCGACAAGGACGAAAUUGAUUCUCGAAGUGCUGAUAAAGAGACGGUAGAUUCGCGUUCGGCUGCGCCCGUCCCUGGUCAACUAACCUCACCUGCAGAUAUCCGCCUGUUCGCUUUACUUUUGACUGUCUACCGGACUGCCUUUCGGUCCGUCUGUCUGUUAGUCCGUGCAUCUAACUGUCCAACUCUGUCCGGUAACGGUCCUCCUAUUUCCCCCUUGGAAACGCCCUAAACGCCUCCGAAAUCGACACUCUCCGAUAACACCGAACGCCGCGUAACACGCGUACGUAUUUGCCUACGCAUCGUUGUUAUAAAGUUUUCUUUGCAACGGUUGUCUUUCCGAAUCGCCGCUAUUGACGAAGGAACGACGGAUCGAUCGUUUCGUAGCUUCCGGGUUAUUCUAGCCCUCGGCGAGCCGGAAGCGACGCUCGUCCUCCCCGCGACCUCCUUCCGGAAUUAUUACAUAAAUUGAUGCACCCGUCCCUUGACAAGAUGGUCGUCAAUAGUGUUCGCGAGAUCGAUGAAUUAGCUGGAUAAAAAUCCUUACUCAUAUAUAUAUUUUUUUUUUUUUCCAAUGAAACGUGCCCAUAUAAUCCAGGAAACCGUUGAGCUAAAAAUUCAGGAUCCCCGUUCGGAUUUUUGGGAGAAAUUUGAAAAACUAGGGGAAAAAAGUUAAAGAAAUAAAGGGGGAGGACACGGAGAGAGGAGGUCGACCGAGCGCGCAGAUUCGGCAGGACAAUCCCACGACAGAAUUGGUCAUGUAGAGAUUCUGUUAUUUAUUAUUGAGUGUCACACUAUCGACUGUUCCGAAUAAAGACGUUCUGUGGAAAGCUCGAACGAUUGGGCAUAGCCUGCCGUCCUGGGAAGCGGCGCGGAAAUUUCUUUUCCUCUCCUCGCUCGGGAAUUCCGCUCCGAAACGUCCGCUCGACGGAUAGGACUUAUCCGAGCCGACUUUGGGAACGAUUUGUGCGCGCAGGGAUCCGCGGCACCGAUGUCGAGUUUUCCCAAGACGGCGGGCGACAGCCACAUAUUGUUUCAACCAAUCACAGCUGUCACCGCUGUUGGACCUCACCGGUCCCUUGCCUCGAGGCAGGCGAUUGUUUGGACCUACCGUCGUGGAGUUGAGACGGCUCGUUUCCUCCUAGGAUGGGCCCAGGGAUGGCAACUACCCCGCCGAGAAGGGACGCAAAACGGCGCUCGUCCCUCGCUUUCCGCAAACCCCGGGCGCGCGACGGAAACUCCCAGUGGCGGAGCGACUCCGCUAGCGAGGCCGCUUCCGAUGCGCGAUGCGCAUCCCUAGCGCGGAGGCGGUUACAUUAUUCUUUCGCUUUCACUCUCUACCUCCUCCGCGUGCACAUUUCCUAUGUAACGCGUAACGACGAUUUUGCAUACGUAAAGUGGAUCCGCACGUGCGAGGUAUCGCGCGCAGGUUGCCAUGCGUAGGUGCCAUCCCUGGUUGCUCCCUUUUGCGAGCGUUUAUGGCCGAGAGAAGACCCGGCCACGACUCCGGACUGUUUGGGAUGACAUCGAGGAUGCCGAUCUCGGCUCGACGUACGCGUGGCUGGACCGAGAAACAAUAUUAAUGGAAGUAGCGAGUCGCGUCCUCGGCGACCGGAUUGCCGGCUCCGCCCGAGCGCCUCGGCCGACUCGAGCCCUCCGAGGGUGGUCGGCUCGAGAGCACCAAAAGCGGCCUCGAGAGGUCCUAGAUUUUUCUCGGCGCUUCCCUUGCAUCCCCCGGACUCCGGGGUCGAUGAUCCUCCGCAGUCCUUCCCGCGGAAGGGCCGGGGAAAAAUAUUAAAUAUGGACAUCCCGGUGCGACGCUUCUUCGUGCCCCGCGGAGACGCCGCAAUUUUCUAUCCGAAAUAGCGAGGUUACGAUUGCGAUAUCGUACGCACAUAGGUGCAACGUCUCCGCGUAGCAUGGAACGAAAAUCAAGCUUUCCGGAUUCCUGGUCAGAUCCGAGAAGGUACAGAGCCCAAGAUCGGCCUUUUCCCAGGCGGGAGAUCCGUGCCCCGAUCGAUGGUGAUCCUCGCCGAUCUUAGCCGAUCCCCCCGACGAUCCUUGCCGAUCCCUGAUCCGAUACAUCGGGGACGAGAAGAUCCGCCUCGAGCGUUCGUCGAGACUCCGUGAAUUCCUCCUGUCGCCGACGUAAAAAGGUAAUCGGGUGGAGCGGCGAAGCCUCGCCUUGGCUUCGCCUUGCAUCAGGUACGUACCGGCUAAGACUACCAUUUCCUAUCUUUGUUUGGUCCCCAGACCUCGGUGCCUACUCCCAAUGGGCUUACGCGAAACCUGCGGUUUAUUUUCAAUCGGCAGGUAUUCCGGUCGGCGAUUGGUUAAAAAUGCCCGAUCAAGCCAGCUGGGAAAUUAAAUUUCAUCUCGGCGAGAGGGACACCUCGAGCGAACUCGGAUUAAUUAAUCGGCUCGUGGAAGUGAAGGCGAAUCGGAAAUAUUUCUUCUGGGGAAUUUAUGCCGCGUAAAGCCAUUUCGAGUAGACCUCUUGGUUUGCCCUUGUCGAUCCUAACCGGCGAUCGCCUUUGACGGAAAGGCAAAGGCCAUUUGACCGGCUGCUUGAGACUUGACUUAACGCUUCGGCCUUGCGGAAUGCACUUGUCGCCGAAUUGCGCAACGGAUCCCUCGGAAAAGUCCUCGUAAAAAGUCUUCAAAGUGAAUUUACGAUUUCACCGCGGAUAAUAUUUAUUUCACGCGACGCCCGAGUGAUUUAUAUGUAUUUUUUUUCUUCGAGUUGCGUAAACUCCGCCACGCGAUAACGCGCGCAUCCUCUACUCUUUCCGACUGCACUCGGCGUGGAUAAUUGAUAAGAAGAUACGAUUCGCUUCCUAUCGGCGUUUUACGCGACUCGCAUUCGCGAAAACUAUCGCAAAAGUUCGAUAAGCUCCCAUUAAAGGUCUCCGAUUAGACCGUCGGUCGGCUUGCGCAUGGAGUACACCUCUGUUACGUCUUUUUCCUCUGUUUCUAUCUAUAAUUCUCUGUCCUAGACUUUUGUGGCUUUUUAUUUUCUGCCGAGUCUUGACUCGUCUCCUUUAAGUGUUCGUUAACGCAACGGGAGGUCUAGACCACUCGGCGGUUGCUUAAUUAAUUUGCAGGAUGCUAGAUCGGCGGGCGACUGAUCACGCCCACAAGAAUAAACGCAUUUAACUGGAAA